AGGCGAUAACUCGGAAUUCACAAAGUCGCGACUGGGAGACGCUUGUGGACACGGGAUUGCUACCAAGUAAACAGUCGACCGAACAAAGGCGCACACGAGGCAGGCGCAGUAGUCAUGGACGCGAGCGAUCGCAUCACCAUUACGGUGUGCGGCGAUGGAGGAUGCGGAAAGAGUUCCAUCACUCUGCGGCUGGUGAGGAGUCAAUGGACGUCGGAAUACGACCCCACAAUAGAGGACUCGUACUCGGUAACACGUACCGUGGACGGCCAUCCCUACUACCUCAUGCUCACUGAUACGGCUGGCCAAGAAGAAUACCGUGGGCUCUGGGCUGCCUCCAAUCUCCGUUCUGACGCCUUCCUCCUCGUCUAUGACAUCACAAGCGCAAACUCUCUCGACGCCCUCGACCACUUCAUGGAGAUGAUCGACAUGGAAGAAGAAGGCCGCAUCGACAACGGGAAGGUCCCACUUGUCAAAAUCGUCGCUGGAAACAAGUGCGAUUUACAAGCCACUCGCGUCAUCAAGGCGCAGACCGGACUGGAGUGGGCAAGAAAGAGGGGGUGUGGUUUCAUGGAGACGAGCGCGAGGGAUAUGGUCAACAUCGAGGAAACAUUUGCAUUGCUCGUGAGACGUGUAGUCGAGGCCCGACGGCUGGCUGCUGGUCAAGGCACUGCGCCUCAACCGUAUCGCACCGCUGCGCUGCCUCCGCAGACCGAAAAAACAAACUUGCCGCAUAGCACAGAUGAGGAAGGUGGCAAUGCGCCCCGGGCUAGUUUUUGGAGCAAGCUCCGAUGUUGGUAACUCACGACACCACCUUCAGAUGGAAUCGAACAAAACGCGUAUGAUGUGUGUAUCGAGCCUCUUAUAGCGAUCGAGCGACACUCGGAUUUUCCUUUGUAACAUCAACUGUAGUCACGCAGAUGGUCGUAUGACCAUGACCUGCAUGUUUGUACUCCAGCAGCGUGGAGUCGACCUGCGCUUUUUUUCCUUUUGCGGCUUUGGAUACCCUUUGGGAUUUGUGUUUAUUGGAAGUUCAAGUAGGACAUGGCUUGGGUCAUGGAGGGUGUAUGAUACCGCUUUGGCAAUAUGUCAUGGGGCUAGACGGAUCGAGAGCAAUCCAUCAGACGUGGAAUCUUUGUAUAUUACCUCAGCAUCGACAACACAGGCAUGUUGUUAGUCGUUCAUAACGAUGCUCAUGCACACAGCUCCUAGUGAAGCCCAAUCGUCAACAUGGGUAGUAUUGUGAGAAGUUGAGAAGAAUGUCCUGCAGCAAUACA